AGCGCCGCCCGGGGCGCGGCCGAGGGGCCGGCCGGGCCGGGGCGCGGGGCGCGGGGCGCGGCCGGGCCCCGCUGGCCAGGCCAGCACCUCGGCCGCCUCCCCGCGUCGCCGGCGUCCAUGCAGCGCGCCCCGUGAGCGGAGACGCCGGCGAGCGGCGGGGCAUGAGCCAGGAGCCCGGGCCCAGGUGAGAGCAAGUGGGGAAGAUGUCCAGCCCCGGCGUCGACGGUGACCCCAAGCCCCCGUGCUUGCCUCGCAACGGCCUGGUGAAGCUGCCCGGCCAGCCCAAUGGCAUGGGAACGGCUAGUAUCACCAAGGGCACGCCGGCCGCCAAGAACCGGCCCUGCCAGCCACCGCCCCCACCCACCCUCCCCCCACCCAAUCUGGCUGUCCCAUUGCCCCGGGCCGCUCUGGUGGGGGGCCUCCCCCUUGGAGGAGCAGCCUCAGCACCCACCUCUGGGCCCCUGCCAGAGCGGCCGCCACUGGCCACGGAUGAGAAGAUUCUCAACGGCCUCUUCUGGUACUUCUCGGCCUGUGAGAAGUGUGUGCUGGCCCAGGUGUGCAAGGCCUGGCGUCGCGUGCUCUACCAGCCUAAGUUCUGGGCGGGCCUCACACCUGUGCUGCAUGCCAAGGAGCUCUACAAUGUGCUGCCGGGAGGGGAGAAGGAGUUCGUCAGCCUGCAGGGCUUCGCGGCGCGUGGCUUCGAGGGCUUCUGCCUGGUGGGUGUCUCAGACCUGGACAUCUGUGAGUUCAUCGAUAACUACGCCCUCUCCAAGAAGGGUGUCAAGGCCAUGAGUCUUAAGCGCUCCACCAUCACGGAUGCCGGCUUGGAGGUGAUGCUCGAGCAGAUGCAGGGUGUGGUGCGCCUGGAGCUCUCGGGCUGCAACGACUUCACUGAGGCAGGACUGUGGUCCAGCCUGAGUGCGCGCAUCACCUCGCUGAGUGUCAGCGACUGCAUCAAUGUGGCCGAUGACGCCAUCGCGGCCAUCUCCCAGCUGCUGCCCAACCUAGCCGAGCUCAGCCUGCAGGCUUACCACGUGACGGACACGGCUCUGGCCUACUUCACAGCGCGCCAGGGCCACAGUACGCACACGCUGCGCUUGCUUUCGUGCUGGGAGAUCACCAACCACGGCGUGGUCAACGUGGUGCACAGCCUGCCCAAUCUCACUGCGCUCAGCCUGUCGGGCUGCUCCAAGGUCACCGACGAUGGUGUCGAGCUGGUGGCCGAGAACCUGCGCAAGUUGCGCAGCCUCGACCUCUCGUGGUGCCCACGUAUCACCGACAUGGCGCUCGAGUACGUGGCCUGUGACCUGCACCGUCUGGAGGAGCUGGUGCUGGACAGGUGUGUACGCAUCACGGACACUGGCCUCAGCUACUUGUCCACCAUGUCGUCCCUCCGCAGCCUCUACCUGCGAUGGUGCUGCCAGGUGCAGGACUUCGGGCUCAAGCACCUCCUGGCCAUGAGAAGUUUGCGCCUCUUGUCUCUGGCAGGCUGCCCGCUGCUGACCACCACCGGACUCUCGGGCCUGGUGCAGCUGCAGGAGCUGGAGGAGCUGGAGCUGACCAACUGUCCCGGCGCCACGCCCGAGCUGUUCAAGUAUUUCUCGCAGCACCUGCCCCACUGCCUCGUCAUCGAGUAGCGUGGGGACUCGGCCCCGCCGCAGGAACGCCCCUUUGCUCCGCGCGGGGUCGCCGGGCGCCGCGGAGCCCCUCCCCCGGCCCCGCGCCCGGGCAGGAAGGCGGCGGGCGGCGCCCGCCCACGCACGCACGCACUCUCGGGGACUUUGUGCAUGCCCCUCGUGCCCGCACUGCACGCCCGCCCCCACCCGCCACCGCCGCCGCCAUCUCUCGCCGCCAGCUGCGGGGCCCGCGGCACCCUGACCGCCUUUCCUGCACACCCUGUCGCCUCCCGCUGCCCCCCCCCAUCCGGGCAGGGCCCAGGGGGAUGGAGGGGGCCGGGCCCCCAGAACACAGGGAGCCGGAGGAAGAGCCUUCACGGGCUUCCCGCAUCGUCCACUGCGCGGGCGCCGGGAGCCCUCGGAGGGGCGCGAGGGAAGCGGCCCACCGCCAAAGCCAUGACCUACCAGGAGACCCAGCCCCACCCUCACCGUCCCCACCCCAUGCCAGCCAGACCCAAGGGGCCCCCUGUUCCUGGCCGCCCUGUCUCCACCCGCUGGGCCCGGCCUCGCUAUGACAGUUGAGGGGAAGAGGGCUGCCGGUGGCUUGGCAUGACGCACAGUUGCCCAGCCAGACCCUUGGUGGCACCGCCACACUGGGGAACCGCAUUGGCGCAACCCUCACCUGAGAGCAGUGUUGUGGGACCUGCAGUCAGCAGGGCCCGGCUGCUGGAAGUGUCACCCACCACAUUUGGGGCGGGAUGAGCAGUGACCCCACCAUAGUGGCCAGGGCCCCAGCACGCAGAGGAGGCAGGGCUCUUUCUAGCUGCCCCCACCACUCCCCUUCCACCCCCCGCUUCCCGAACCUCUGCCAGUCUGUCCAGUCCCGAAGCCCUUGGAAGUCCUGGGGGAUGCGGGCACAUCUUGGCAGCUGGCUGAGGAAGGGGCUGGGGCCCCUCUCCACCCCAGCCUUGAGCCCCAGGAGAUUCAGCACUCACACCCAAUCUUGGGACACUUCCCCACCCCACCCCUGGUUGGAAGAGAGGAACCAAUUUCCAGAGAGCCUGAGAAUGAGAGGGAGAGAGAGAGAGAGAGAGAAAGAGCGAGCGAACGAGAGCGAGAUGCUGUUGAGGCAGAAGCAGUUCAACAGCCCAAAGAUUUCCCUGCCGAGGAGCGAGGGUCAGAGGCUCUGGGGCAGGGCAGUCAGGAGGGGUCUCCGGCCGCCUCCUCACACUCCCUGCUGGGAAGCGGCAGCUGACCGUUUGUCCAAAGUAUUAAUGCAACUGAAGCUGUGAUAUUUCCAACGACUGUAGGAGGAAAAUUAAGGGGAGAGGAGGAAACAAACCCAACCAACCCCUGACAUCAUUUUCUUAUUGUACAUAACGACCUCAUUCUCCUGUAUAUGCGGAAGAUAUAACCUUAUAUUUGGUAAGUGUUUCUUGUGCUAUUUUAUCACGUGACCCGUUUAUAAAAAUAUAUAUUAAAAAAAUUGUAAAAACA